AUGACCGAACCUCGUCCCUUUAAGCCAUUUGGCUUGACACAGGUCUACGCCCCGCGUGGUGACCCCACCGUGGACAUUAUUUUCGUUCAUGGCCUCAACGGUCACCCUCAUGACUCAUGGACCAGCAAGACAACUAACUGUUUCUGGCCUGUCGAUCUUUUGCCUGAGGUUUUAGCUUCUCAACGCCCACGUAUCUUGACCUACGGAUACAAUGCUAACGUUACUGCGUUCACCGAUGGAGCCUCCCGUGACUCGAUCGUAAGUCACGCGGAGACCUUGGCUUCCACUUUGGCGGCUAAUCGCAACCUCCGUGACUGCUCCGACCGGCCGAUUAUCUUCAUAUGCCACUCACUAGGUGGCCUCGUGGUCAAGCGUGCGCUCAUCUACUGCCGAAGCUUGUCGAGCGAACGGACCGAACACCUUCGUUCCAUUUACGUAUCGACAUUUGGCAUUCUCUUCCUCGGUACACCACAUAACGGUUCUGAUAUUGCCAAAUGGGGUCUAUUGUUGCACAACAUAUGCUCCGCCGUUCUGCCCAAGAAAUUCAUGGAGUCUUCUCCGCAGUUGGUCAAAGCGCUGCGUACCAACAACGAAACAUUGCAGCAUAUCAACAGUCUAUUCGCGGAUAUCCUUAGUCGCUUCCACAUUUAUUUCUUCCAUGAAACCCGCUCGACCGACGUUCGAGGCACAAGGGAGAUUAUCGUGGACGAGGCAUCUGCCGCACCCUAUAUAGAGGGUGUGGAGCGCAUGGGAAUUGAAGCGGAUCACAGUCACAUGUGCAAGUUUGACGACGAGAACGCUGCGGGCUAUGAGGUUGUUGCUGAAGCUCUUCUGCGAUACUCUCGCCAAGCUCCUGCCUUGAUCGGGGACCGCUGGGUCUCGGAGAGGACGACCCGCACCAUGGAGAUGAAGGCCAAGGCUCGCGAGAUUUAUGACGUCAGACUAGAUGGGGAUUCCCUGGCUCAAAGCACACCGAACUUGACUAUUGGUAGGACACGCCUUCUUCCUUCACCGGGUGAAUCAGUGACGUUACGGGACUAUGAGAUUGAGGAGCCUGCCUCAGACAAUUGGCUGACUGUCUUUGUUAUAGGUCAAUCGGUACCGGCUCUUCCCCGUGCUCCUGCUACUGAAGGCCGAAAUUCCCCUGUAUCAGAUAUGAGCGAUAGUGGAGUACUUUCAUUCUCGCAUUAUUCUCAUCGAGACCCUCAGCUUUUUGUCGCACCUCCAGGAUUCCAUCCCAACGCCACUUUCUUUGGCAUGCAAAAGGAACUAGAGGUACUGCAUAGUCGCUUGUUCAAGGCCAAAGCACGUGCGGAUCGAGCUAUGGCCGUCCUAAUUUCUGGAGUGCCAGGAUCAGGCAAGACUCAUCUAGCACGGCAGUAUGUCUUCGUGCAGCGCGAAUGUUACCCGGGAGGUGUGUUUUGGAUUGACGCCAAGUCUCGCGAAUCAGCAUAUAAAUGUUUCUGGGAGAUUGCUCAAGCAGCCAGACUGAUAGAACGCCAAGACGCUGAAGAUCAAGCAUAUUUAGAAGCCCGGACAUACGUGAGCGCCGUUCGAAAUUGGCUUCAGACACGCCAAGAGUGGCUUUUGAUUUUUGACGGCAUCACAUUCGAUCAUGAUGUCGACAUUAAUGACUUUCGAUCUUUUCUUCCGUGGCAAAAGAAGUGUAGCAUCAUUUACACCUCUAUUGACACCACCCUUCGAAAAAAGCAACGGCUGUUUGAGCCAUACUGUCUUUCUAUCCGUCCAUUACAAGUUGAGGAUGCUUGCAAGCUUCUCUACAAAGAUCUUGGGAUCAAAAAGCCCACACAGGAGCAGGCUCUUCGGGCCGUGGAAAUCGUUACACACUACGACUGCUUGCCUUUGGCCAUACAUGCGAUCGGUCACCGUCUCAACGCAACUGGCAAGCCGAUCGAAAGGUAUCACGUCAAGCACCAGGUGACGGAUAAAAAGUUGGCGGAGCCAUUUCUCAGCAUCAUGAAUGAUCUAUAUCGCCUGCAUAAAAGGGAGGCCUUGAAUCUUAUUAAUCUGCUUUCCUUUCUGGGUCAUCAAGUUCCUGUGGGUCUUCUGAAUUUUGGGAAACAUGCCAUGUCUGGUGUGAACGCCGAAAUAUUGAGCAGCGCCCAGCCUGGAGAAGACCCUGAUCUUGAUACAACACUGGGAACACUGAUUCACUAUGGAUUAAUUGAGCGAAUCACGGAUUCAGAUCCAUUCUUCGUGCAAAACAACUCCGCGCAACAGUCCGGCGAGCAGAUGCACAGAGAGGUCAAGCCUAUUCCCGAACUCACCGAGUCUCUGACGGAAAGCAGCCAAGAAGGCUUUUUUUCCAUUUACCCUGGAAAUUCAGCUAUUGAUGUCAUUAAGAUCCAUAGUGUGGUACAGGGAUUUUGCCGAGACGAACUUCGAAUCCGAGACGAGGAACCCAAGGAUCCCACGGUGAGAGAUGACCCCGGUUUCUACGACUCGUGGCUAGUUCUUGCUAUCCGUUUUUUAUGCAAAUCCUGGGAGGCUGCCCAAGAGAGAAUGACUCACUAUCAAGACUGCGGGCUGGUUCGUGAUUACCGGGAGUAUGAAACCCAUGCUUCUCGACUGGUUGAGCUAUUCCCCAAAAGACAAUCUGGUGUUCAUGCAGAACAUCUUCGCGAGGCACGAGACAACUUACGGCAACUGAGGAGAAGCCUUAGCAAUGCAAUUGAUCGUAUGUCGCCCAGUUCGUCGCAAGAAAGUCGAGGUAAUCAAAAGUCCGUCUUUGAUCGCUCAAGCAGCUCGUCAUCAUCAUUCCCCGAAUCCUCGGCGGAUGAGGGUCUUUCACGGGAGUCAACUUGGGGGUUUAAUGAUUCGGGGUCUGCUCGGACGGAGUCUCCUGAAGCAAUAGUUGCCCCACCGCGGUUUAAAUUGGAUUUAUUCCCUCCUCACAUAUUUCGGCGGCCCGGUUAUGAGUCGGAGGAAGGGUAUGAAACAGACGCAGAAGCGAAGGUGGCACCUCGUAUUUCUCCGGCACUGUCACAGAUGAGCCAAGCUACUGAAAAGCCAAAGCACUCAGCUCUAUCCUCUACUCCUCCUAUGGGGCCAGAUGAGAAUAAGGAUUGGCAGGUGGUUGAUCGUCAAUCGAAAUCGCAUUUCUUGAAGCAAAGACAGCCAAAGCGACGUAAUCGAGGUCCUCGUCGGCUUAGAAGUACCAAACCAACCAUUCCACUGGUCACAGUAUCAAAUGUUCAAGGAAGAGGAUCAUCCAGCCGCCAUCCCGCGGAUGAGGGGGGCAGCUCUGCAAUAUUAGCAUCGGCUGCCGAGAAAGCACUCGCAGCAGUCCGCGGGGCUAGCGGUAGUCAAGCAAUGCGUGAAAAUAUAAAACCGAAGUCGAGUUCUCUACCAACUGGGAACGAAAAUGACGGUCCAACCUAUGCUAGUGUUGUCGCUCACCAUAUACUUGAGACUGAGCCAAGGCGCCCAGCUUCUAUGCCUUCGCGGCGAGGAGCAGACCCAGUUGGAAUGCAUAUCAAAUCAUCUGUGGAAUCUCUUAGCGGUCUGGGAACUCACAUGUUUGCUUCACCACUCUCACAUGAGCUUGCACCACAAGAGCUUCUCUCAGAGCCUCUAAAUCGAUCAACUUACAGUGACCCUGGACGUGAUUAUCUCAGCCAGCCACUGCGCGAGCUAGAUCUACACACUGCACCAAACUCCCAACUCAAUUCUCGUCGUGCUUCACUCGCAGCAUUUGAGCCCAUACGAGACCUCUCGGCGAGUACUCCCGCCCUUCGUAUUCCAUAUGGUCCACCUCUUCCAUACGAAAAUGACAUUACCAUCACAAGGCCAAGCCGUUUACGGCAACAACAAAUGGUCUCUGACCCAAUAUAUAUCCCCAAAGCUCAGUCUGCAUCAGUUGCCCAUCCAUCCGCAAUGAUGCCGGGCUCAUUCCCCCUCUCCCUACCAUCCGAUGCCCCAAUAUCACAAUUUAACGACCGGCGCGGGCCUGAUGCCAUCUCGCGUGCAUCAUCCGGCUACUCAACCCAAUCUUGGGCCACAGAACCAGUCCGGUACCCCCCACGCUUCUCUCCCAUCCCCGGCCUCCAGGGACCAAUUGAGUUUGCCGAGAUUUCGCGGAGCGCCACACCAAUGAUCGGAUCACAGCAGACACUUCGCGAACGAUCCAGCUGGGCUGGCGAGGUGCCCGUCUUCAACAGCGCUCUUCAGUCGGAUCUACUAUACCCUGUUCCGCAGGGAUACAAAGCCCACCGAGUAGGCUCGGUGGAUGAGCGAAUGCUGGGGAUGAAGCCUGAAUGGGAUCCAGAGAUGGAGCCUGCGCAAAUGCUUCAACUUGGUAGUCAUCGUGUUGAUGUGAGGGAUCCUCGCCAGCGGCUAUCGGAGUCGAUUCGACUACAGAUUCCUCAGAAUAUGUCAACAUACGAGCUCUACCAUCCUAAUAUCUCUGGUCCGUUGGUUCAAGAGGGCGGACACGUAUUUGCACCCGCUCCACAGCUCGAGCCGUAUGUGAGGCGUGUGCGAAGUGGCAGUUCACCUGCACGUCCCGACUAUGUUGGCCUAGGUGUACGGUUUGCAUGA